GGAAACACGGCGGGGCCAAACCAUGCAGUUAGAGUCGCACGUUUGAACUCUGCACAUUCUUACAAUGGCGAGACGGACAUGGAGAUUGGAGCUCCUCGGGGAAAAGAAGAAACCUAUCAUUUCGGAGAAGCUUCUUUAUUCCCAAUGAAUGCCAAAGGCCGUGUGCUUGAUGAUCGACGGGGUGACGUGAGGAAGGCGCUUUGUACGGUGGCUCUUCGCGGAUGGAUGUGAGGCGGCGGGUGCUGGGGGAUCCCCUUUUUUAAUCAUGAAAGAGUGUGAUCGGGGUACCUGUACGGUGCUGUGAUCUGGUGUGAAAGGCUGCCGUGGAGGCUGGCCAGCCAGGGCGAUCGCUGGGACGGAAUGGCACCCCGAAGCCGGAGAGCAUGGUGCAGCGUUCUCCUGGGCUUAGUGGUCGGAUUCACCCUGGCUUCCAGAUUUAUUCUGCCGAGGGCCAGCGAGUUCAGGAAAGGUGGCCAGAAAGGCUCAUCGAGCCCGGGGGGCUGCACGCUGUACAGGGCUCCCAGGAAAGAGCCGGACGGUGCGCUGCCUUGGCGGCGACAUGGCACCAGAUUGUCGGCGACUGACAAGCCUGUGCCCCCGUCCAAGAGUUUCCUUUUUGUCGGCGUUAUGACGGCGCAGAAGUACCUGAAGAAUCGCGCAGUGGCUGCAUACAGGACCUGGGCCCAAACCAUUCCAGGCCAGGUGGAGUUCUUCUCCAGCGAGGGCUCCGACACCUCCAUCCCCAUCCCCAUCGUGGCGUUGAAGAACGUGGACGACUCGUACCCGCCGCAGAAGAAGUCUUUCAUGAUGCUCAAGUACAUGCAUGACCACUACCUGGAGCAGUUCGAGUGGUUCAUGCGGGCGGACGACGACGUCUACGUCAAGGGCGACCGGCUGGAGGCCUUCCUGCGGAGCCUGAACAGCAGCGAAGCCGUCCUCCUGGGCCAGACGGGCAUGGGUGCCCGCGACGAGCUGGGCAAGCUGGCCCUGGAGCCCGGAGAGAACUUCUGCAUGGGCGGCCCGGGGGUGAUCAUGAGCCGGGAGGUGCUGCGACGCGUGGCGCCCCACAUCCGCCAGUGCCUGCAGGAGAUGUACACCACCCACGAGGAUGUGGAAGUGGGACGCUGCGUUCGCCGCUUUGCCGGGGUCCAGUGCGUCUGGUCCUACGAGAUGCAGCAACUGUUCUACGAAAACUACGAGCCCAACAAGAAGGGCUACCUCAGCGACCUGCACAACAGCAAGAUCCACCGGGCCAUCACGCUGCACCCCAACAAGAGCCCACCCCACCAGUACCGGCUGCACAGCUACCUACUUAGCCAGCAGAUUGCAGAGCUGCGACACCGCACUGUGCGGCUGCACCGCGAGAUCGUUCAGGCCAGCCGCUACAGUGGCAACGCCGGUGACUUGCGCAAAGAGGACCUGCAUUUGGGCGCCGCCCCCUCCUUCAUGCGCUUUCAGCCCCGCCGGCGGCAGGACGUCCUGGAGUGGGACUUCCUGACAGGCCGCCACGUCUGCUCAGCAGCCGAUGGGCAGCCACCGCGCCGUGGCAUGGAGACCCCGCAGAAGGCGGCCCUGGAGGACAUUGUCAUGCAGUUGAUGGAGAUGAUCAAUGCUAACGCCAAGACGCGUGGCCGUAUCAUCGACUUCAAGGAGAUCCAGUAUGGUUAUCGGCGAGUGAACCCCGUCUAUGGGGCGGAGUAUGUGCUGGACCUGCUGCUGCUCUACAAGAAGCAGAAGGGGAAGACCAUGACGGUCCCUGUCAGGAGGCAUGCUUACCUCCAGCAAACCUUCAGCAGGAUCCAGUUUCGUGAGGAGGAGGAGCUUGAUGCCCAAGCUUUGGCCAGCAGGAUCAAUCAGGACUCGGGCUCCCUCACAUUCCUCUCCAACUCCCUCAAGAUGCUAGUGCCUUUCAACCUGGGCGGCACCGACUUCAACCACAAGGAGUCGAAGGAAGAGAGGAUCAACAUUCUGGUACCGUUGGCAGGUCGAUAUGAGAUCUUUGUCCGAUUCAUGGCAAAUUUCGAGAAGGUUUGCCUGAUUCCUAACCAGAAUGUCAAGCUGCUAGUGCUGCUGUUCAAUGAGGACAGUGACAUGGAGCGGGUGAAACAAGUUGAGUUGAUGAGGGAGUACCACAUUCGAUACCCUAAGGCGGAGCUGGAGAUCCAGCCUGUGUCGGGUCCAUUCUCCCGGGCUGUGGCUUUAGAGGUGGGGUCUUCCCACUUCUCCAACGACUCUCUGCUCUUCUACUGUGAUGUUGACCUGCUUUUUACGGCCGACUUCUUGAACCGGUGUAGGAGUAACACGAUACUGGGGCAGCAGACAUACUUUCCCAUCAUCUUCAGCCAGUAUGACCCCAAGGUUGUCUACGCAGGGAUGGUUCCAAGCGACAACCAUUACGUCUUCACCUCCAAAACAGGACUGUGGAGACAUUUUGGUUUCGGCAUCGUCUGUGUCUACAAGCAGGACCUGGUUGGGGCUGGGGGGUUUGACAUGUCCAUCCAGGGUUGGGGCAUGGAGGAUGUGGACCUCUUUAAUAAAUUCGUCCAAUCAGGGAUCAGACUUUUCCGGAGCACAGAAACUGGUAUAGUGCAUGUACAUCACCCCAUCUUGUGCGACCCCAACCUGGACGCCAGGCAGUAUAAGAUGUGUCUGGGCUCCAAAGCAUCAUCCUAUGGGUCAGCACAGCAGCUGGCUGAGAUCUGGCUGGAGAAGAAUCAUCUGGGCUUUGGGAGAACCGGCAAUAGUGCCAAUAGGUCAAGGGCAGCAUGAACAAGCCAGUUCAGGCACUCCUUUUUAGCAACUUAAUUUAUUUUGUACACAAAGAUAGACUGUGGAUAUAUUUUUGGAAAUGUUUUUUUUAAAAACAUUGAUUUUCAUGUGGGUAUUGUGCAUGAAAGGUUCUUCUUGUGGCUGAGCCUAAGAGAGCCGAGACCUAAACGACCAUCGUGUUGGGUUUCGUGUGCGGCAGUAAUCUGCUACGCUUUGGUGUUUUGACAGAAUCAAACAAAAAGUCAGUGCCAUUUACUUGAGUCAGAUAUGGAUUUUUGGAGUUACUACUACUAAAUCUUUUGUUUUGUUUUUUUUGUUUCUCCUUCUUAACGCGAGUCUGCAUGUAGGUAAUGAUGAAGCUUGACACCUAGUUUUAAUUAAACACCAUAGAUGAUUUUUUUUCGUAUCCGUGCAAUUAAAUGUCUGUUUCUAUGAUCUGAAAUGCUGGAUCUGGUAUCUUCCAUUUCUUCACCGGUAUGUCUAAUUUAUUAAAUGUUUGCUUUUUAUAAUAUAUGAGCUUUUGUACAGUGUU